AUGGGUUUCAAAACUGAAAAGUCUCCAGCGGAAAUUCUCAAAACCGUUAAAAAGAAGCUCACCCCAGAGCAGAAGAACAAUGCCAAGAUUACAAUAGCGGCCAUUUAUGAACUUUUUACAGAGACUCCCGAGGAUGUCUAUUACUCGUCAAACAUGAUCCAGAGUUUCCUUGGCUUAUUCAUUGUGGCGGACCGAAACUUGGACGGACAUGUUGAGCUGCACGAACUAAUCAAAGCUACUGACGAUAUGAAGCUGAAAGACGGAGAAGAUAUUAAGGAGUUCAUGAAGAAGUUCUUCACGUAUGCGGAUAUUUCCGAGGACAAAAAGCUUAGUCUAGCUGAGUGGUUUAUUCUCGGAUUCCUGAGCUUUAACCGCAACAACGACUACCCGUUUGCCGAGAGGCUUGAGGACAGCUGA